AUGGUCCAAACCCACCACCCCGAACACAUCAAGCGCCUCUACAGUGUCCUGAACAAACUCAAGCAGUUCAGCGAAACCAUCACCAGCACCGAACGCGAAGACCAGCUCGCGGACAAGUAUCCCGACAAGUACGACAGCAGCGACGAGGCGCACCUCAACCGCCUUAAGAUCUGCAGCGAAGCGGUCAAGGAAAUGAACGAGAAGAUGGAGGUUGCGCUGGAGCUCAUAAAGCGCCUCGAGGCCCGGACUUUGAUCACCAAGGUUUGGGGGAUUGGGGUUGUGCUGAUGCCAGGAUGA